AUGGCACCCCGAGUGUCUCAGGUGGCGGACGUACAACCUGCUGCCACUAAGGUAGUGCCAUUACACCCGGGUGCACUACACCUGCCGUGCCGCUGUUCACGCCACUACCCCCACAGCCAUCCUUGCUUUCUCUUAAAGAAAAAUGAAUGUCAGCGCCAAAGUUGGAGAGAUUUACCUGUUGUUGAUGUCCGGCAGGUGAUCGUGUAUCCAACGAAGAAGUCCCUGCAGAAGGUUGGUGCUAUAGGAAGCCUGCUGGUGGUGUGGCUGCUCUCCUUCCUGCUAGCACUGCCCAACUUCAUCUGGCGAACGCUGGAGAAUCACCACGUCAACCUGCCGGGGAUCGAAGUAGUGACUUAUUGUUUCGAGGACUGGCCCUUGGCACACGGCCGCGCCUACUACAGCAUCCUCGUCAUCGUGGUGCAGUACUGCCUCCCCAUCCUGACGGUGAGCGUAGCCUAUGCCAGGAUCUGCAACAAGCUUAAAUACAGAAUGACCAACGCUUGUAGUAGUUCAGCUCGCUCCAAGAAAGAAGACCUCAGGAUGCGGAAGACCAACACUCUUCUGGUUUCUAUUGCUCUCAUCUUCUGCCUAUCAUGGCUGCCACUUAACCUCUACAACGUCGUCGUCGACCUUCACAACCCCUUCGGGGAGGACACGGAGAGCAUGUUAAUUGUGUACUCCGUGUGCCACAUGGCCGGCAUGUCCUCUGCUUGUUCAAAUCCUUCUUUACGCGGAAGAAUCCUCAGAAAGGAUUUCUUGGAGAUCUUCGGCGCUUUGUGCCCUGGUGCCCUUCUCUGCCGCCGCCACCUCAUUGAACAGCCUCAGAGACACCCGUCGCGGGGGUCUCUGAGUCCCUACUUGUGUUCGAGGCAGUGGUCCUUGCCACCAAACACGAUAAAACACCUGUAA